AUGCCGAUUCUCCCUCUGAAGGCUCUUGCACGUCAAGUCCCUCUUCAUCAUCGACCCAGCUCACCCUCUCCAUCUGACGUUACUCGGUCUUCUGGUGAGAGACAAUCUUAUUUAAGCCAGAACUCCUUUGAAUAUACCUCCGAAGACGGGGAAAGCGGGCGCGAUUCCAUAUCUGAAGGGGGCUCGCAACUUAUUUAUUUAAUUCCGACCGCAACUACUAAGACAUCAACGUACGGUUUGUUCGCUGUGGACACAAGCAUUGCUACCGGGCAAACCAAUUUUCCGACUGCUUCGGGUGGACUUGGAGAUGUCUACAGAUGCAUAUUGAACAGGGGCGCGAGUCCGGAAGAAGUUGCAGCCAAAUCUCUACGGUAUCCAAUUCUUACAGACGCCGCGGUAAUUGCCAAAAUAAAUCGUAAACUUGAACGCGAAAUCAAGAUCUGGACCGGAUUAAAACAUCGGUAUAUAUUGUGUCUACGUGGCACUGCAACGGGUUUCGGUCCAUUUCGAGCAUUGGUUUCCCCCUGGAUGCCGAACGGGACAUUGAACUUUUAUCUUACUCGUGAAAAGAAAACCCUUGCGAGGGUGGACAGGCUUCGCAUUCUUAAACAAAUUACCGAGGGGCUCAAAUAUCUCCACGACAAUAAAGUGACUCAUGGCGAUCUGACCAGUAACAAUGUCCUAAUUGCUGCUGAUGGGUCCCCGCGCCUUGCAGACUUCGGUGUUUCGAAUAUCUUGGUAGAAUCUAACCCGGCAUUCUCCUUCCACAAUGGCGCAGUUUGUUGGGCAGCUCCAGAGCUCCUCUUCCCGGAAGGUGAAACUGUGCCGUGUGCCACCAAAUCCAGUGAUAUAUAUGCUCUUGGGUGUAUCAUGCUUGAGGUAUUAUACAGCAAAACACCCUACUGGUGGAUUGGCAAGAAUGCCGUGCAAGUCGUGGCAUCAAAGUACAAAGGUCAAGAGCCCAUAAAUAACACCGUGCAAAUUCAUGCACGUCAUCUGGAUUUCAUGCGGCGGUGCUGGACAAUCAAGAGUGAGAGUCGUCCAUCAGUGGAGGAUGUACAGGGCUUCCUUGCUGAGAGAGAUAUGUCUAACUGGGUCUCGUCUACGUAAUGUCGCUGUUCGGAACUGGUUCAUUCUCGUUUUUUUAUUCUAGCUGCCUCACUGGUGUAGUACAGUGUUAAAGUAUAAUAUAGGAUC